AUGGCAGACCCAUCUCCUGCACAGCAAAAGCCGAUCCAUUCACUAAUUCUUGACACGGGACCACUGAUCAAGAACACGGUCGCUAUAUCCACACUCAUCAACACCGCCGAGGAACUCUACACCACGCCAGCCAUACUUUCUGAAAUCCGCGAUGAAGCGACACGAUCACGUGUGCAGACGACUCUUGUGCCUUUUCUGAAAAUUCGGAAUCCGAGUCCGGCGAGCUACGAUGCAGUUAUCGCAUUUAGCAAGAAGACGGGCGACCAUGCAGUGCUUAGUCGACAGGAUUUGGGCAUCUUGGCGCUGGCUUAUGAGGUGCAUUGUGAGAGGAAUGGAGGGGACUACGGACUUCGGCUUGUGCCGAAGGGAGAAGUGAAGAGGAGGCCGGAGGAGGUUGCUAACGAGGGUGUGAUGGAGGCUGAGAAGGAGAAAGAGGCUGUGUCCAGUAAGAGUGAGCCGGUUGUACCAGCUGAACAAACUGCGGCUGUAGGGCGCAAGUCAAAAACGGAAGCCAACAACAAGCGCAGAAGUCGGCGAAGGGCGGCCAAGGCAAACAAGUCUCAUGAUGACGCCGCUGAAGAGGUAACAGGAGAGGCCAGUUCAGAGGCGCCUGAGAUGGCUGAGUCAGUUGACCCCGACGCCGAGGACGAUGGUUGGGAGCAGCCUACCGGUAAGAAAGUGGCCAAGAGGGUUACAGUGCCAAAAUCCACCAAAUUCAACUUUGAACCAACCACAGAAGUGGAGAGUGAACCAAUCGCGAGUCAGCAACAGGAUGACGAACCCAGUCCGGCUGUGGUCGACGAAGAGGAGGGCGGCGAAGAGGAGGGCGGCGUUGCAGUCACGCAAGAGCAAGUACAGGAUCAAAUCCAGGAGCAGGUCGUAGCGCAGGUUCAAGAUCAGAUUCAUGAGCAAAUACAAGAUCAGAUUCACGAACAGCUUGAAAACAAGGGCCAGGAGCAGCUCGAAAGCCAGGUGGUGGAGCAAGCUCAGGAGAUGGUAGAAGAGCAAGUUCAAGAGCAAGUGCAAGAACAGCUACAGGAACAAGCCGGCGAACAGAGCCUGAUUGAUCAGUCGGCAUCCGUCGAGGUACCCAGUGCAAAGAUUCACAUCGAGCAGAGUGCGGAGCUUUCAGUCGAACCCGAGCAGCAAGAGCAGUCACAGGGCAACAUCGCAGAUGAAGCAACCCUCGAGCAAGACAUGGCCGAUCUAUCCGUCUCUCAACACACAGCACAACAACCCACCCCUCCCACAACCGACGACUCCGACUCCGACUCCGACUGGAUCACGCCCGAGAACCUAAGCUCCCACCAAGCCAAAGACGGCGCCAUCCAACCCCAUAUCUCCACAGCCUCCAACCCGCAACUCGACGUAGCAACCAUGACAACCGACUUCGCCAUGCAAAAUGUGCUCCUACAAAUGAACCUCAACCUCCUCUCCACAAACAUGUCACGCAUAAAAACCGUAAACACAAAAGUCCUCCGCUGCCACGCCUGCUUCCUCAUCACAAAAGAAAUGACACGACAAUUCUGCCCGCGCUGCGGCCAAGCCACCCUGCAGCGCGUAUCGUGUUCCACAAACGCAAAAGGCGAGUUUAGAAUCCACCUCGCGAAGAACUACCAGUUCAACAAACGCGGCGACAAGUACAGUAUCCCCAAGCCCAUUGCAGGCACCGCGAACACCAAGUGGACCGCGGGCCAGGGUGGGGGUAAGGGUGGUUGGGGACGGGAUUUAAUUCUCACAGAGGACCAGAAGGAGUAUACGAAGAGGGUCGAGGUGGAGAAGAGAAGUAAAGCGAGGGACCUUAUGGAUGAGAAUUAUCUACCGGGGAUACUGACGGGGGAUCGUGGGCGUGCGGGGGGCAGGGUCAAGGUGGGUGCGGGGAAGAAUGUUAAUGCAAAGAAGAGGUCGUAG